AAUAAUGAGUUUAUUAAUUAAUAAAAAUAUGAAACUUAACAGUUAAACAAUAGAAAAUUUCAAAAAUCCGCUAAAUUAUUUUAACCAUUUAACAUUUUACAAUUUUUAAUAAUCUCACCAUGGAUACAACACCAAAUGUACCAAGUAGAAAACGUAAAACUAUGCCAGGAAGUUCUUUAGAAAGUCCAAUAGGACGUAUAAAUCCUAUGAGAAUGUCAUCCAUUGGUCUUGUAACAUCAACUCCAGUCGUGUUCCAAACAAACGACGAUGAAGCUGAGCGAAGAAAUUGGAAACAUUUAUCUACAUUGCAACAAGAACCGGAAAGCGCUAAAAGAACGGAAUCAAUUCCAUUAAAUACAUUAGAAGAGUUUUUAGGAAAUUGGGUUCGGAUGUCUGUCGAAAAUAAAAUCAAUGCCAAGAAUGUAUGGAAAAUUCACAUUAUUGAUUAUUUAAGAAUAUUAGUGGAUAAAAACACAGAAAAUCCAUUACAAUUAGCUACAGCUUCAUUGACUGCCAGUGCUAAAGUAUACAGUUUACGAGUGGAUGAUGUAUAUACGGAAGUUAUUCGAUUGGCUGGUAGUUUAGGACAUCGAGGUAAUCAAAAUAAUGAACAUGAUGUGGAUGAAGAUGGUGCUGGACACCAAGCGGAAGGAAACGAUAUGGAGGCUUCCCAAAGUGUUCGAAUAAAAAGAAAGAAAAAAGGAAAAAGUAAAACUACAACAAAUCCCGGAGCACUCGUUGGUGAUAUUGAUUUGUUAGACACAGCUCAUCCAAUCUUUGCUGAAUUAAAUACACGUAGUGGAGAUAUUAUUGGUACUGAUAAUAUGUUUCAAGUUUUUGUCCCACUCAAUAGUCUGACAAGUGAAUAUGACAUCAGAAUAAAUGAAAAGUUUUUCGAUUGUGAAAUCGUAAAAAGAACAGAUCCCGCUGCAAUGGAACUUGACGAAGAUACAAAAAAGCUCAUUUUACCAAUAACCUUGCAAUCACCGAAUAUAAUUAUUAAUACUUUAAAAAUAUGUUCAACAUUUUCAGAAUUUUCUCUUACAAAUUGGUCCCUAGAUGAAGAAGAGGCAUUGAAUUCCCAACAAAAUCAAACUAUUAUUCCAUCAACAGCUGACCAAAUUAAUUUAGCGUUUGAUAUAAACGCUGAACCGCAAUCUAUUAUGGAUGUAACUAUGGAAGAUGCAGGCAAUCCAGGAAAUUAUAACAGUGAUGAAGAAGUUGUUCAAGAAGCUAAUAUUGAACCAAAUUUCCCGACAGCUCUAGCUGGUUGUAAGCCACAAAUUGAAAAUAUUGUCGAUAUGAGACCAUCACAUCCAAAUCAUACAAGAAAUUUAGAAUAUUCUUAUAAUUCAAUUGUUAGUGGUAUAUGGGCGGGACCUGCUCACUGGAAAAUUAAAUCUAUUGUACAUAGGACUCAACCAAGAAUGACGAUGCAACGUAGUGCCACCGUUGCAGAAGCUAAUACAAAAAAAAAGACAUCAAAACAAAAGAUUUUUGAAGUGCCAUUUGAGGAAGUACCUGAAGAAGAAGAAGAAGAAGAUGAAGAAGAAUCAACAAUGAUAAAACCAUUUUUAAAAUGUAGUGAAAAUAAAUUGAAAAUGACAACAAUAUAUACUUGGGAUAAAAACAAGAAUGAAUUGCCAAUAGAUUUACACAUCACUUGUGCAGAUACGCUAAAAUUAUUUUUGAAUAAAACAUGGUCAUUGGUACGUCAAGAACGACCAGCAAGUACCUUAUCAAUAGAAAAUAAUCAAUAUGAUUAUAAUAAUUUAAAUGACAGUGCAUUUUGCAAUCCGCCAGACCCUGAACUUCUUGACAAAUCCAAUGAUAUUGAACAUGAGUACAGUGAUCAUGAAGUUGAUCAUGGCGAUAAUAUGUUUACUGGUGUAGAACAUGGUGAAGAAGUAGAUAUGAUGCUUACUGGUGAUAAUUUACUUCCUGCGCCAAGAAUUAUACCAAAACUGUUUGUACCAUAUUCAACACGGGCAAAAAAAGUGAACAUGAAAGCAAUUAAGCAAGCUAUGUGGGAUAUAAUUACAAAGAGUACCGAUGAGGAGAAUGACGAAAAUGUAAACAAUUUAAAUACAGAAGCUAAUAAAAAGGACGCAACUGAAACCAAAUUUUCAACAAUUAUUGAAAAAUUGCCGGGAUUAUUACCACGUGAUCAAGCUGCAAAUAUUAGUAUAGCAUUAUCAUUUUUUGGUUUAUUACAUUUAGCUAAUGAAAAUUCAUUAAAAUUAACUGGGAAUGAUGAAUUGACGGACGUUGAUAUUAAUAAGGGGUGAGCGUAU